CGCUGCGGAGGGCGCAUCACAGACACCGGUACAUACAUGUAACGGUCGCAUCCUACACAUGACGACACGCAUGGAAAACGCAACCCGCUAAGAUGAAGUUCGACGACGCCGACUCGGAGCUGCUCAAGGCGUGGAUUAUCUCGAAGCUCGAGAAAUCGACGGAAGUUGACGCGGAUGGAGACGUGCUGGCUGACUAUGUGCUCGCGCUGCUCACCACGGACGAGUCCGACGCCAUCGCCCGCUCCAACUGCGUCGACAACCUGAAGGACUUCCUGAACGACAAGACCGAUGCCUUCGUCAGCGAACUCUUCGCCGCCAUUGCCACCAGAUCAUUUGAUCCAUCGACGAAGCAGCCACCUCCUCCACCUAAGCCGCCCGCAAAGGUGACGAUACCCCAGACACCCGCCUUCAAUCAGGGUAAAAAGCGCGGCUACCAUGCGCCCGAUCGCGUCGACGAGAGCCGACUACCGGGCAAUGGUACAAAUGGUAGGCCGUCGAAACAGGCGCGGCGCGGUGCUACGAGCGGACGACACGGCAGAGGAAACUACCUGCGACCAGCCAUAUCUCCUCCGCCUCUGUCUGGUCUACCUGCCUGGGACCCCGCGAAUCCGAUGGCCUCAUUCAUGGCCAUGGCCACUGCAAUGGCAACGGGACUGCUUCCACCGGGUAUGCCUGCCAUGCCCAUGCUCCCGUCAACACCAAUGAAGUCUGGCAACCGCUGUCGGGAUUACGAUACGAAAGGCUUCUGCACAAGAGGCGCACAGUGUCCUUAUGACCAUGGCACUGAUGCCUAUGUGGUGCCCCAGGACGACCAGAUGGUAGAAUAUGAUGACGGAAGUGAGCUGCUUGCUGGCCUCGUGCCCACUAAGAACGGCAUGCUAGCCUAUUCACCAUUGGACUGGGCUGGUCAAAACAAGCAGAAAAGCGCCGCUUCUAAGAAAAGCCGCGGACGUGCCAAGAAACGCGCCGAUUUCUCGUUGCAAGGACCGAACUAUGAUCAGUCAGUUACGAGCAUCGUUGUAGAGCAGAUCCCCAAGGAGAAAUUCGACGAACAGACGGUGCGGGAUUUCUUUGGGGAGUUUGGCGCCAUUGAAGAUGUCACCAUGAUGCCGCAUAAACGUCUGGCUAUCAUCCGUUACGACAGCUUCAGAUCUGCCAGUGCCGCUUACAACAGUCCCAAAAGUAUCUUUGACAAUAGGUUCGUCAAGGUCUACUGGUAUGACUCUCCCGAUUGCUUGCCGGAGCUGCCAAUGACUGGUUUCACCGAUGAAAUCGAGAUGGGGGACGAGGAGCCGGCUUUUGACAUUGAAGAGGUGAGGACGAGGCAGGACGAGGCGCAACGGAGGUACGAGGAGAGGCAGAAGGUGCUGGAAGAAGCACGCCAGAAACGACUGGAGAUUGAUGCCAAGAUCAGGGAGUUGGAGGCGAAAAAGGGACAAGUUGCAGAUGAGCUGGCGCGCAAGCAAGGUCUGCCAGCAGAGUCAGAAAAGACAAGGCAGCUCCGAGAACAGCUUGCGAAGCUCGAAGAGGAAGCCAAGACGCUGGGAAUUGACCCGGACGCCGUGACUAUUGGUUCCGCAGACUGGUCGUCAGCGUCCUUCUAUCCACGUGGAAGAGGCGGCUAUCGCGGCCGUGGGCGAGGUCGAGGUGGGUAUCGGGGUGGGUACCGGGGCAGUGGUUGGGCCGGCGCUGCUAAGAGCGGUGCUGUCUUGCGACUGGAUAACAGGCCAAAGACUGUGUCCGUGGCUUUCACUGAAGGUAGCUUUGACGACCACCACGAGGUUUUGCGGUCCUGGCUCUUGUUUAAUGCUGCGGAGCAUGCAUCGCUCGACAGACACCCGGACAAACCGCAGGCUGCCUUGAUCACGUUUGAAGAGCGCUACCAGUGCGAGAUCUUCAUGUCCACAACGCUCACUACGGACUUCCCACUUCACGGCAGAAUCGAACUGUCAUGGUACACUGGACCUCCAGUAACCCAUGGUCUCCUACCGGACACCACAAAGGCUGAAGAUGCUUCCAGCAGCGUCAGUUCCAGCAGCGUCAGUGAAGCCGAUGACCGAGUGGACUACUUGCAUGAUGUAGCAAACGACGACGAACGCUGGGGCUGAAGCGGUUCACACUCGAGCGAGUGGGAUACAUGACUGCAGUGCCCCGGGACAGAGUGAGUGCAUUGUAACGUACGUGUAGGUACCUAGAUUAUGCUAUGCCGAAGUGACGCAGCUUGCCUUGGCGCUAUCCUACACUUCUACUUCAUGAAGGAUUCCUCGAAGGAUUCCUCGAAGGAUUCGUGGCUCGUCCAUCCAAUAAUUCGAGGUGCUUUCUGUAUAGUCCUCCCAUACCAAUGGUGGAUCUGGCAUUGAAUUCACCACGAGCAGGUACAUACAUUACCACAGACCUUGAAUCAAGACGCCAUUCCGCGCCUCGCUCUCGUCACGGCAUCUGUAUACCCACAACAUAGGGCCAGCAUGUCACAACUCCAAUACACACUGCAGCAAGCUGCGCAUAAAAAUACUCACUUGCUCGCGGAGCUGCGGCAAACUGAUCACGCUCCGUCCUCGCUCAAACAGAAUUCGGCCUAUAUAUCUGACCUCCAAUCUCAAAUUGCUACGACAGCCAAAGAGCUGCGGAGGUUGCAUACUAUAACGGAGGACGAACGAAAGGAUCACCUCAAAUACCGAGACAGCAGCUUCAAACGCUACCUCCACAAGGCGGGCGGCUCCAAAGGCCAAGAAAAGUUCACGUCCCGUCAGGAAAAGGAGGAAAAGGAGUUCCUCGAAGCCUGGCAAGCUGAACGUUCUGCCAGAGAGACCCAUGACGAGCUGGCUUCUGCGCUGCAACAAGCAGAAAGGGACAAAUCCAAUCUCGAAAACGCCACUAAACGCCACGACGCGGCGCAGAUCGAACUCGAUCAACUCUACCACUCCAUCUUCAGCGGUCCCACGCCCGACUUUCCUGGUGAAGAUGAUCUCGAACGUGCCGUGAGCGACUCCAAAGAAUCUUUCGAUAUUGCCAAUCGCCAAGCGACCACAGAUAAACUUGUGCUCGACAUCCUGGGCAAAGCCGAUUCUGCUCUCAAACAAGCUGGCAUGUCCAUGCAAGAUGCCCUGAGACGUUCGCAGAGGGAUAUGUUUCUGGGAGGUGGGAGUUUCACGGAUAUGAUGGAACGAGAUGCGUUGGCGCAGGCUCAGAAUUGGAUUCAUCAGACAUUGAGACAUAUGGGUGAGGCGAGGAGGAUGCAGCCACAAGUUCGAGAGUUGAAAGAUAUCAGUAUCGAUCAUGGUCACUUCUUCAGUGAUGUGCUGUUCGAUAAUAUCUUCACAGAUAUGGCACAACAUGAUCGCAUCCGAUCUAGCGAUGCUCAACUGGGUGCUGCAUAUCAGGACUUGCAGGGCCAGAUCCGGGAGCAGAAAAAUCGGUGUCUGACUGCAAAUCAGAACCUGAAACAGGCGGGUAAUGAUCUAGAAGCUGCGAGGAUAGAGUUGCAGAGAGUGAG